AUCAUUAAGUGCAGUUUCAGCUGCAACGAACGUGGAAAAGCAUAUAAUUAGAGGCUUGUUAAGCUUGUGUCUACACAUGUCCAGCCUUGAUGGCCUGCCGCAGCUCUCUACCCCUCGCAAAGAUGACUGAAAGCCACCUACUGCCGGGACAUGUUUGGGGCCCAGAACAUACUAAAAUCGAUGUUACGCAUUCAGUGUCCCGUAUCGAUAUGUACGAAUAUGGUGGCCUUACGAAAGCUACUAAUAUCCGCCUACUACACCUCAAUCCAGGGUCUAUCAACCCAAACCAUCUUCAUGGUACCAUGUACGAGUACAGUCAGGCAGAUGCGCCACAAUACGAAUGCCUUUCUUACGUUUGGGGCACUGGAGACAAAGCGGCCUCAAUACGCAUCGGUAAAGAUGCGAGGAUCAUCGCGAUCACUGAGUCUCUACACCGCGUCUUGCUCAGUCUUCGGCACGUUUCGAAGGAGAGGGUUCUUUGGGUCGAUUAGAUUUGUAUCAAUCAAGAUAAUGUUUCAGAAAGAAACAGACAAGUGCAACGAAUGGGCAGGGUUUAUCAUCGCGCAGAAAGAGACAUUGUAUGGCUCGGUGAUGACACCGGUGAUGGCCAGACAACGAUGGUUAAACUGGCCGCAGCUUUGGGAUAUGUGGACAUCUUUCACAUUAUGCAACCCAUAUGAUAAGCGGUCAGAAGCAGCAAAGACAGCCUGGCUGAUGUAUGGCCCGAGCGGCGGUUCUACUGCUGAGCGGAGUGGUCUUGAUGACAUCUUCCGAACAAACCCAGUCUGGAACAGAGUCUGGAUUGUACAAGAGGUUCUGCUGGCGAAAGAGGUUGUACUGCGUCGCGGGAACAUCGACAUCAUCCUCGACCAACUGUGGGGUUUUCUUGUAGCAGCGACAUCCGUUCUGACAUUGGGCCACGACCUGAUGGAUCCAUUGAUUGACCUCCAGCAACUUUGCUAUAACAGAUUCAGGCAGAAGAG